ACACACACACACACACACACCACCCACAUGAUAAAUUCGCAGUAACCAAAGUCCCACCGAUCCGCUUGUACAGACACGAAUAAAGCGAUCCAUAAACCAUGCGAGCGUUCCUGUGUGUCCUGAUUCUGUCGCUUUUCAACUGUACACUUCAAGUGCACCGCAGUGCGCUGAAUGAUUUCCAGCGUUCUGAGGGAAGAGAACUGGUACCAUGGAAAGCUGAUCGUGUUACUAUGCUUCCCGGCAUCACACUGGAGGAGUGUGCCAAACGCUGCUCAGAGAGCCCCGACUGCAGGGCUUUCAACUAUGUCUUUCGGCCAUCUGUAAUCUGUAAGCACUUGCCCUGGGUGGGCAACACAGUCAAUGCCGAGGUGAAGAGAAAUGUCAACUGUGACCUGUAUGAGAUGAAAGUUUAUGUCAGGAAGUGCAUUAUUGGUAACGGAGAGGACUAUCGGGGAGACGUAUCUAAGACCAAGUCUGGGCGGACAUGUCAGCAGUGGUGGUCGAAGUUUCCUCAUGAUCACAGAUACACCCCUUCUCCCACUAAUGGCCUGGAGUUAAAUUACUGCCGCAAUCCAGAUGGGGACGACAUUGGACCCUGGUGCUACACCACAGACCCUGAGCGCAGAUACGAGAGUUGUAAUGUCCCCCAGUGUAAAGACGAGGUGUGUAUCACCUGUAAUGGAGAGGACUACAGGGGUCAGGUGGAUCGCACAGUGAGUGGAAAAGAGUGCCAGAGAUGGGACCAGCAAACUCCACAUCAACACAUCUAUCAACCAGAAAAAUACCCUGAUAAGAGCCUGGAUGAUAAUUACUGCCGGAACCCAGACGCCUCUCCAGUGCCCUGGUGUUACACCACUGACCCUGAGGUGGAGAGAGAGAGCUGUGAGAUUCGCAAGUGCUCGGAGGCUCCAAAGCGGCGUUCUCGCUCCAGCUACACCACAAACUGUUUCCGAGGCCGUGGUGAGGAUUACAGAGGCAAAGUGAACGAGACGACAUCAGGCAUCGCGUGUCAGCGCUGGGAUGCACAGUCUCCCCAUGAGCACCCAUUUUACCCCCAAACUUAUGAGUGCAAGGGACUGGAAGAGAAUUAUUGCCGUAAUCCAGAUGGUUCUGAGGCUCCCUGGUGCUUUACAUCGAGGGCUGAGAUGAGGACAGCGCUCUGUCUACAGAUCAAACGCUGCGCUGAUGAUAUUGAGGCUGAAGAUUGCUAUAAUGGAAAUGGAAAAAACUACAGAGGAACUGUCCGCAAAACACGGAAGGGCAUCCUCUGUCAGAACUGGAGUGUAAAUACACCACAUAAAACUAAGAUUAACCCAAAGACACACCCGGAGGCCAACCUGACCGAGAACUACUGCAGGAACCCAGACGGAGAUCUGCAUGGUCCCUGGUGCUACACCGCUGACCCCAAAACUGAAUUUGAUUAUUGUGCAAUUAAGCAGUGUGCAGGAGAAGACCCACCUAUCAUAAUGCCACCAGAGGGCGUAGAGUUCAAUGAAUGUGGGAAGCGUGAUGACCGCUUUAAAAUUACUAGGCUGAGGAUCGUUGGUGGCACACCAGGAAAUUCUCCAUGGACUGUCAGCCUAAGAGACAGGAAGGGAAAGCAUUUUUGUGGAGGAUCACUAGUGAACUCAAAAUGGGUGAUCAGCACUAAGCAGUGCUUCUCCUCUUGCAGUUAUGUGGACCUUACAGGAUAUUCUGCCAUUAUGGGCACCGUGUUCCGGGACCCAAAGACAGGAGAACCCGGCACACAGUCUAUUGCCCUAAACAAAAUCGUUUGCGGGCCGUCAGAGUCACACCUAGUCCUUCUACAGCUAGAAACUCAAGCAGAGUUUAAUGAGCGUGUGUCACAGAUAUGUCUUCCCCCUGAGCGCUACAUUGUUCCUGAAGGAACCACCUGUGAGAUUGCUGGGUGGGGGGAGACCAAAGGAACAGGAGAUGAAACAGUGCUAAAUGUUGCUCAGAUGCAAGUGCAGAGCAACAGCGAAUGUAACAAGUACUUCAAAGGGCGAGUGAAGCAAAACGAAAUGUGCACUACAUCUUUUUUUGGUGGUGUAGGGGCUUGUGAAAAAGACUAUGGAGGCCCUUUGGCAUGUCAGAACAGUGACUGCUGGGUAUUAGAGGGGGUCAUCAUCCCUAUGCGACGCUGUGGGCAUCCAGGGCAACCGAAUAUCUUUAUCCGUGUCUCAAUGUACGUAGACUGGAUCAAAAAGGUCAUGGAGAUGGCAUAGCCAGUAGAAAUCACUUACCCUGCAAUUCAGUGUAUUCAGUUUAAGCAUUUGCAUAUAGCAGGGGAAAUAUGUUAUAUCUCUGAUCAAGUCAAAUCUAGAUUGUUAAUCAUUACCAAUGAAUGUAAGUAGAGUAAUCAUAAGCAGGAAUAAAUUACUAAAGGGGAAUUAAAUGACUGCUGUACAACUUAUACACAAGUUUAUGUUUGACACAACACGCUUAUGAAUGUACUUAUAAACAGUCUCCUCUAAAAGUAUCUGAACAGAAAGUCUGAUUCUUUUGUUUUUGCUAUACACUGAAGACAUUUGGAAGUUCAAAUAAUGCAUAUAAAACAAUAGAUAUGAAUUUUUUAAUGUGUUAGACACCUUAGAACAUGGUGCCUUAAUUUUUAUGUUAGCAGAACUAUUGGCACAGAUAGUUUUAAUGUAAAUAAAAAUAAUGUUUGAUUUUUUUUUUUUACCCUUUGCUUGCAUCAGCCACAUCAGGCAUCAAACUGGUGACCCACUGACAUAACCAAACUGUUGCAUUCUUUUUUUCUAAUGUUUUUCUAGGUGUGUCCUGCAGCUUUUUUCAGUUGUUAUUGUUGUUGUUGUUGUUGUUGGGGUGGAUCGUCCAUCGGUCUUCUUUUCAGAAGUUUAGCUAAAUAGGGUAAAGGUGUGAUCAACAAGACAUGUAACUGACCUUUCACUUUUUACCCCCAAUGAAGUCCUAUGUGAUGGUAACAUGUUUUGAGUCAUUUUCUUUCUGCAUGAUGACAUUCCUCCCAAUUAGAUUGUAGACAUACCUGUAUGUUGGAUGGCAUAAUGUUUCUGUAGAUGUCUGACUUCUGCUGCACUCAUGACUUCCAUCAUCAAUAAAAAUGAGUUGUGCCUGCUUCAGAAUCAGCCAUGCAAGCCCGAGAUAUGAGACUGCAGUACCUACACCAGACUCGACAAAUGAGCUUGUAUGAUUUUCAUCCUGACCCUGAUCAAUCUUUCUCCAGACUUUCAGCUUUUUAGUAAUUAUGGAAAUGAUCAUCUUUGUUCCACAACCUUUUUUUUUUUUUAACCUGGUCUUCUAAUUCUUGUAGCUGUUUGGGGUUUUUCUUCACAGCUCUCACAAUGUUUUCAUCAUAGACUGCUGUUGUUUUCCCUGGCCAGCCCGUUCAGUGUGUGGUGGUUAGUACACCACUAGUUCUUUCAGUUUUCAGGACAUUCCAGUUUGUUUUUUUGGCUAUGCCCAAUGCUUGUGCAAUGGCCCUGAUUGAUUUUCCAUCUUUUCUAAGUUUAAAAAUGUCUUGCGUUUUCAAUCAUAGACUGACUGUACAUAUUGGUUUACCCAGAGUAGAAAUUUGGAGCUGUUCAUUAUUUAUAUGCACAUUUCAGCAAGAUUGUGUCAUAUUUGUCUGUUGAAAUGCAAAUAUUAUCAGUGUAUAGCAAAAAAAAAAAAAGAUUUCACCAUUGUAAUACUUUCACAUAGGAUUGUAAAUGCCUAAGUAUACUCUUAUCUGCUUAUCUAAACAGUCAUCUGUAAAGUUUAUUUUCAAUAUAAAAGUCUAUUUAUCCUUAUUUGUGUACCAUUAAUCAUAGUCCUGAGAAUAUCAGGAACACUUCUUUUUUUGUAGCUUUGGUUAUAACUACAACUUAAAGAUCUCAAUAAAAGAGCUUUACUUUUAAACAUCUA